UAAAGUGUAACGUAAAUAAUUUUCAUAUAAACUAUAACAAAGCUCACAAAAUAAUUGUUGCAACGAAUAUAAUACAUUUAUAAGGUACUGUAGAUAUAUAUUGAAAUGAAGUUCAAGAAAAUAAAAUUAAAAGAAUGUAGAAUAAGGUGUUUAAUAUGCUAAAGCAUAAAAAUUCAUCCCUGUGAGUUCGAAAUCAGAAAAAAUGAAGAAAAAGAAUUUAAUAGUUAGCGACUACGAAAAAGAGAUUCAAUCUCAUCUGGUUAAUCCUGUAAGCCCAGGAUUAUUUUUUAAGAUGACCAAACUAGAUGAGGAUAGUGGAUACCAAACAUCAUAUACUCCAAAUUCUUUUGAAGAUUCUGAAAUAUUUGAAGAGAAUUUAAACCCUACUAUAAGCAAUGACAAUAUUUUAUUUACUGGACAAUUUAUAAAGUUAUCGAGUCAAGUUACUAACAACAGAUCUACACUGCUCACGCCAAAUAAAAAUGGUCGAGAAACUCCACAGAAAAGAAGAGGUACCAAACGACUAUUUCCAGGAGCUUCAGAAGUUACAGACCUUGGAUAUGUCUCUACUCAAACUCCUACGAGUUUGCUAUCAGGCGGCCUACAUAGACUGAAAGUAAAUGAUUCAAAUAGAAUUCAUUCUAGUUAUUCACCAAGUAAUUUCGUCAACAGGGAUGAUAAUAUUCUAAAUGACAAUUUACUUAAAUCGUUUCCAACAACACCUAUAAAAAAAUCAUGUAGGAGUAAUUGUAAAAUUAACAACCACUUACAUCAGAAUGGACUGGUGAGACACCCUGCUUCUGAAAUACAUUCAAUUUAUUGCGAACAACGAGCUUUGCAACCGGUCCUGAAAACCCACCCAAAGAAUUGUGCUUGGAUUAAAAAGUAUCCAUAUGAAAAACAUCAAAAACUUGACAUCAUAAAACUUUUAUACAAUGAUGGUAAUUACUUCCCUGUUUUAAAGAAGAUAUUUGGUUACUUGUCAUGUGAAGAUUUAUACCAGGUGACUUUAGUGAGCUCCGUGUGGCAAAAAGCUUGGGUUGAUGUGAAUUACAAACAUUUUAAAGAUCCAGAGUAUAAGAAAUAUAUAAGAUCCUUAAGGGAAAACCAGGAAAACAAUAUCGAAAUAGGCAAAGAGGUAAUACAUAAAACCUCAAUCAAUCAUGGGUCCAAAAACCCAAUGAUAUGUGAAGUAAGCCCACCAAGAACUCCAAGGAGUAUCCGUUUUGAAGUAUUCACAAAAGCAGCUGCAAUGGAUUCAAGAAACCAGUUAUGUUGUAUACGAUGUCAGUAUCCAGCAAAAAUUACCGAGAACAAUUCAGGAGAAAAGUUGGUUGAGUGCACAAGCUCGACCUGCGGCUAUCAAUUCUGUGGGCUGUGUAAGUACGGCCCACAUCCAGGUAAGAGCUGUAAUACAUAUUAUGAUUUAGAAAAACCCAGUCCACCCAAAAGAAAGAAGAGCACCUUUACCAUAGGCUCCAAGAAAAGCAAAAAGAAUCUAAGGAGAUUAGUUAAUAAUUUCUGUUAAUUUUUAAUGCCAGUGAUUUAAUUUAGGAUAAUGUUUUUUUGCAUUCCAUAUCCAAAGAUAUGAUGAUUUUUGAAAUCAUUUCAUAAGGUUAACACGAAUUAAUCUUGAGUUAUAAUGUGGGGUAUCCCAGGGUUGUUGUGCCAUUUUUUUUUUCCUUACUAAUAUUCUUUAACAUCAAAAAUGCAAGAAAUACCACCUGUCAAAUGUAUUAGCGUUUUAACUUUUGAAUAAUGUUUUUCAUAAAAUGCAACCAAUAAGGAAAUGUGCAGUUUAAAGAGAGAAAAAUAUAAUUUAAAUUUUUACAUAUAAAAAUUCUCGAAUUGUGAAUUGAAUAACUGUCAACAGAAGAAAGUGUUAAGAAACUGCACAGUUUUUAUAUUUAUUGAAUCUAAAAAAAUCAUUGUUGUAGUGUGCCUUACUCAAUAAGUGUCUUAUUCUAUGGAAUAGAUGAAUGUAACAGACUGAUUAUUAUUGCCAUAAACAAUAACUUAAGGUAAUGCAUUUAUUUUAAGUCUCUUCAUGUCUAGUGUAUAGGUUUAUUCAUCAUUUUAAUCUCAAAAUUUAAUAUGUGUCACUUUUUAAUUAACCCCAUGCAGUACAAAUAGAUAGAAUCCGAGACUGUGAUACUUUGGCUAACAUUACAAACAUUGUUUUAAUAGUUUCUUAAACAGUUGAAAAACAUCACUUGUGUAUAUUAUACUAUGUUAAGUUAUUUUUGAUACUCUACAGAACAAUUGUAUAAAAUUAUUUAGUUAUAAAUAAGUAUGAGAACAUUUUAAAACUGAUGUAACAUUCGAAAGAAAUAUUAAAUUUUUAUUUUACAAUUUACAAUGAACAUUUUGUUAAUACAUAUCAGUUUAUCAAAUUUAAUCACAAUUUUUAGUCUCUCUAUAUUAAGUUUGUAAUAUUUGUUGAACAUGGUCAUAUGUUAGCUGUAUCAAUUUCAUUCUCCUUUUGCAAAUUGGCAAGCCAUAUGUUUAAAUACUCCUUUAAUUUUAAAUAUUUCUAGUCUGUUUAUAAUAGAAUAAAAUUUGAAUCCAUGUGUCAUUUUAUAACUGCUUUAUGUUUUAAAUGUGACUCAAAAUACUAACCCCGUAUUGGCUGUUCAAGAAUUAAGAAACCUGUCAUGACAUUUUGUCCCAAAUUACUAAUGAGAAAUCUUGUUCCUCGGAAACCUGUUUUUUUUUUAUGAACAGCAAUACCCGGCCAUGGCACUGUGAUUACAGCCUGUAUUCACAUAAAAUUAUAUCUUCAUUUUAAUAUACUGUAAAAUGUUUCAAUCAAUUUUAAUAAUAAAUUUUUCCUUCAAUUACUUUAAAUGCUCAAUAGGAUCACUUUUUUUUUUAAUUCUCCAUGACAAUUAAACUGGUUUGGGACCAAAACCUUAUUGUAUUGUAUGUAAAUAAUUAAUUGAUAAAUUGUAAACAUUUUUUUUUUUUAAGAAACAAAGUCAUUUUAAUGUAUGUUUAUAAAUUAAUAUUUGUGUAGUCAUUACUUUAUUCUAAUGAUUCUUUAUUUAAAUCAAUGACCCCUGUGUAUUUUGGAUACAGAAGCGCUGGGCAAUUUUAGCAUUGCAUUAUAAGUUUAUAUAUAAUAAUCUCAGUGAGGAAAAUCUAUUUUAAUGUAGAUAUGUGUCAUUGUACAUAUUUUCGUAUCCCAGUACUCUAUUAUAAUCGAUAAAGAUUCUUGUAAGUUACUUAUAGUAUAUUAUACUUAUUUAUUUAGUAGUAACAAAAGAGUACUUCAAACAAAAGGGUACUUCAAAAAGGUAUUGAUUCAGAUUCAUCCAAUUAAAAAUUACUGGUUAUUCGAUUGAUGCCUUUUUCAUUGUUGGUCUUUAAUAAAAACUUGUUACCAAUUUCACUGAACCUGAACUCACUGCGCGAAAUUCAAAAUCAAUAAAAUAGCAUUUCAUAUUUAAUCUAUAUUUCAAAAUUAAUUUAUAUGGUAACAUCUAAAAUUAAUGCAAUAAUUAAAAUGUGAAACAUAAAACAACAAGUACAGACGUAUGUAGUAGCCAUGAAUAAAUAAUAAAUUAUUUAAUUGAACUUUGUGAAAUUUCUAAUGAAGAUGAAAAUCACAAUAUGUAUUUAAUUCUUUAGAAAAAAAUUACCAGUAAAUAAUCUUAUAUAUAUGUUAUUUUAUCAGUUUUGACCGUACACUUGUUACUAAUGUCAGUAGCUACCUCACAUCUGUCGUGCUAUUAUUGCCUGGUGUUUUUUGAUUUCUCGUUGGGUCGUUCUUCGUACUGCUAAAUACUAACCAAGGACUCUCAGAGGGACUGUAUUUUGUCUACCUCAUUUGCAUUUAAUUAAUGUUAUCCUUGGUCGUAGGUAAGAUAUUUUAGUUUAAUCUCAUUCAGUUGCCGAUACAAGCUUAUUUCAUAAAAUAUUUUGGCACAGAUGCAAAAAUAAUUUUAUUUUUUUAUUACAAUACGUACAUGAUAUGAAAUAAGUUUGCUAUGUGACAAAUGUAAUUUUUAAUCACAGACGAUGUCUUUUAAUUUUUUUUUUUAUAUAUAUAAUUAUUUAAAUAAUGUUUAAUUCAAGAAAUGAGUUUGCCAGGUUAGGUUAAAAUUUUAUUUUUUAAUGAUUUCACAAUAAUACUGAAAUUAUUUGAAGGAUUUUUUUUUUUCACAACAAUUGUAUGCAUUUGUUUUGAUUGUAUGAUGAUAAUGUAUAUGACAUAGUAUUAAUUAAAAUUAGUGAACGAAUGCUUAAAAAGCUCUCUUUUUUUUACUUUUUAUAAAAAUAAAAUGUGGAAAAUUA